AGCUAUGAGAAGGACUAUUAAGCUAAAAAGCAAGAAGAAAGAAGGAAGGCCCUUAGACUUGGAACAGUUCAGGCCUGCUCUCCGAAGGCAGUUGGAACUCAUUGAAGAGGGCAGGAGGGAGAGGAUGGGGAGUAGUGAGGAGAUGGGAGAAGAAACAGAGACAGGAGAAGAGACAGAGACAGGUGAGGAGACAGGGACAGGAGAAGAGACUGGGACAGGGACAGAGAGAGACAAAGGAAAAAAAUUUAAAAAAAAGCGAAGGCAACACAGAGGAGGGUGGGGUAAAGGUGGAAAGCGUGGAAGAGGAGGGAGGGGAGGAGGCCAAGGAGGGAGGGGAGGAGGCCAAGGAGGUAGAGGGGGAGGCCAAGGAGGUAGAGGGGGAGGCCAAGGAGGAACAGGAGGAGCCCCUCGUCCAACAGAUUCAUCAGCAAGUGCUAAAACUAUAAAUUAUUUUAAUGUUAAGUGUAGGAACCUUAAUUAUAGUUCUAAAUAA